CUUGCCACAUAGGUAGAUUGGGCGCAUGUCGUUUCAGCCAUGCGGCACCGAGGAGGGUCCUGGAAUCCCUCCAGGAUUUGAUAAAACCUGGCAAAGAGUUCAUGUGCGGAAUACGUUCAUAGAGGUAGACGAGGAACCACAUGCAGAUCUGACAUUCUCAGGCUUGGACUUGCAUAACGCACCAGGGCGCACUUGGCGCCGUGGCCAUUUGAGAUGUGCAUCAGAACCCAUGUCGUUUUUCCUGAGUCAACCUCCCUGGGAACCUGUGAGUCUGAACGCUCCGCCUUUUUCAAUGCCCAAUGGAACACUUCAAGGUGAUUCUCGUACAGCUGGAGCCGAAAGAGGCAGACCAUGCCCACACAGGUCACUCAACCAAAUGGCUCAAAUGGCUCAAAUGACCCGGAUGACAAAUUCAAUGACAAUUCAAGAGGAAGAGUACGAUGAGAGGGAGAGCUUGAGACACUCCUUGCCUCAGUACAUUGGAAUGAAGUCAGCAGAGGUCCAGGGUCAAGGCGGUCAAGGGACAGCUACAGAAGGUGCUCAUGGUGCAGUGGCACAAAGCACUUGGUGUGGAGAACCAAUGCUGGUGGAUUUGGUGGAUGUGAGGAGAAGAUCCAACUCACCUGGCUUUAUGACAGAACAAGAUGAAGCUCGUAGCUCCCCAGACUGGACUACACCCUCUGUGCCAACCUUGGCUUUGCCGGUUAGAUAUAGACAUGCCAGGCAGCGGUCACGCACCAUCCAGGAAGAUUCUGAGUUGGCUCAGAAUUUGGAUGAACUUGAUGCGCCUGACAAAGUUCAUGCAGGUCAGCUCCCUUGGGAUUCCUUUGGUGAGCGAGUUAAUGGUGUCAAUGUCCGUGUGCGCAACACUUUCAUUGAAGUCGAUGAGGGAUCGGAUGGUUGCACCGAUCCCUCUCUUCUGAGUGCUAGGCCAGCAUGGCGACCAGGGCAUCUAAGAUGUGCCUCAGAGCCCAUUCCCUCUUACACAGAGUCGCGCAUCAGCGGCUUCCAUUCCAGAAGCAGUAGCUACCAAGAUGAUGCUGAGAUGGCAGAGAUUCUUCAGGCCCAACUGGCUCAAAGCCACGAAUCAGACCAUUUGGGUCAGCCGAAUUCUGAUGUUUUUCCUUUCGUGCAUGUCCACGGCACCGUCAGCGACACACAGAAUCCUGACACUGUCUCUCCAGAUCCGGAGCAGCGGCUGCACACAUUGUCUCAGCUUCGGUCAGUGUCUCCAACAUCUCCAGACCGAAGCCAGUUGUCUACGGGCGACUACGAUGGCUACAACCAACUCACAACUGCAACGGCACCCAAGAUCUCCCAGUGCAAGUGGCACAGUCGUGGCACUUGCAAGUAUGGCGAUUCAUGUCGCUUUUCCCAUGCAAAAACUGUGAAGCCAAGUUCAAAGUCCAAGAACAAUGCUGAGACACUGCGUCCUUCAUCUACUGGGCCUCAAGGUCCCCUUCCUGCAGGUCUCGUACCUGGUGCGAGUGCUCCUUUUCCAGUGGGUGUGGUCAGCCCUGAGGCUCCCAAGCCACAGCCAGCUGGACUGCUCCCAGGACCAGAGCCAGAAUCUUCAGGACAUCGCCAGUGCCGCAGCGUGAGCCCUGUAAGCACCACCGCCGGAAGUAGCGGUGAUGCAGCGGACGCUGCCCACAAGCCAAGCUCCCAGAGGAACUCACAGGGCGACAAAUCGCACCAGGUCUUUUGGUGUGAUGCAAGAGCAUUCAAGCAUGAGUUCCAAGGGUUCAGGGAAGAGCUGGAGAGUGCGAUCGGUGUAGCCGCAAAGUCACACAAAACAGCUGAGAAAUGUAUGCGAUUGCUGAAGAAGAAGCAACGGGUACAGGCUGAGCGUGGUAGAAGAUUUCAGAAGGCCCGGCCUCUGAUUUUUCUCGUUUCGUGGGCCAAUGCUCAAGAGUUGGUGGAGUUUUUGCAGGAGGCACAACAUAUGCCACCUAUGAAGGUGGUGGUGCUGUGCGACACGAAUGGUCCGCGAACACGUGCAACAGCAGAGAGGUGGGCACGAGAGAUGCCAGUCGUUGAGACUGUGGCUGCAACAUGGCCUGAGGCCGUGAAAUCAGUGCAGACCCUUUUGUCUAGCUCAAGCGCUCUGUCCCAAAGUCAGGGAAAUGCUUGAUGUUAGUGAGAAGAGAACGCCACUUGUUGGAACAACCAGUUUCUCGUUCUUGCGUUUGUAUCUCAAUGGAGGCAGUGC